AUGCAUCGACUUUUGCGCAUAUCACCAACCUCAAGAACCACCACAGCCAGAAGCUUCAACAUCAUGUGCAUGUCUUCUGGGACGUCAUCCUCGAGGAUACUACUUCGUCAAGGAGGAGAUUCAUCCAGCUCCAGCAGCUCUAGGAGGUCAUUCGCGUCAAUUCCUAAACCAGCAGGAGACACAUCAGCACCAGUCAGCACAAGCGGUUCAUCAUGCGACGAUUGCACAGGGUGCGACACUGAUACGACUUCCUCAUCGCUUCUGUCAGACUCGGAGAAGGGCAUCAUACGGCAUGAGCAUAGAGGAGCGAAGGUGGAGAACCUGAUAAUUCAAAGUCUGAUGGACGGUGGGACACCCUUUUUCUCCAUGUUCGGUCCUUUGAAACCAGCGCAGAAGAAGAGGCUGUGUCAUCUGAGCACAGUGGACAUGACGCAGAGUGCGAGUGGGACGAAGAGUUUAUGUUGGGAAGUCUAACGAGGAUAACAUCGAAAUCGAUUACAGUAGAGUAUUAAUUUUCUUGCGAAGGUAAACGACAACAUCGAUUACAGUUGCGAAGUUAAACGACAACAUUGAAUGGCUCCGGUAUUUGGUAGACUGAAUUUGAUCACAAGGAUUCUCCUCCUGUUUUCCCUUAUGAUCAAAAUGAGGCUACCAAAUACCAGAACAAUACAAACGUCGACUAAUACAGUAGGGCUAGAGGAUUUUCCUAGCUCCGAGGACGCAACACCAGAAUCGUGUAGAGAGAAUGAAGUUCUAUAUAAAUAGGCUAAAAAAAAAGCCAAACAGACACCACCUCUAGAUUAGGUACAAUCAUCAAUCAUCAAUCAUCAUCAUCAUCAUCAUCAUCAUCAUCAUCAUCGUCAUCAUUCUCAACAUUGUUUCCACCAAUCUCAUGAAGAGGAUCAAUCUUUUCCCUUUGUCAUUCAAAACGGUUUCCCGAAGCUCUUGCAGAGUCGCAGAGAUGAUCGUCACGUGCGCCGAUUGUGGGUUGAGCAAACGCGUGGAAACGCCCAAGGACUUCCUAGACCCAGAGAGGAAUAGUUCGGGGCAAGCACUCCUGGCAGUAUGUCCUAGCUGUUGUAUUUUGGUGAAGUAAGGUAGAGCUGGAGGGCUCCUAGGUGGGACAUGCACUGGACAUCGUAGAAACAGAAGUUACAAAACCCAAGGUCCUUCCUUGAAGAUGUUCCAAAGAUAUUUUUUUGGUACAAAACAUAGAAAACGGUCAAAUAAUUUUGGUCAUGAUGAUGUUUCUCUCCGCCUGGCGAGAGCAUGGUCGAAGAGCCUGUAAGUGAUAGUGAACGACGACAAGAGUUGUUCGGAAUGUCCUGAUAGAUUCGGUUAUCGGCGCGAAGGAUGAUUGGGGAAGGUGUCGGUUUCGGUGCAAG